AUGACUAUGAUAAGGGUCAUGUUGGAGGAGAUAAGGGCUGGUCCUGGUGUUGGUCAGUUCCCACCUCCACCGCCACCACCGCCUCUACCUCCACCUAGUAUGCAGGACGAGAGCCAGAGCCAUGUUGAGGGCACUGGUCAUACUACUGGGGUGAUAGAACCCUAUGUGGAGCCUGCUGAGGAUCGCGAUGUGAACUGUGCAUUGAUUGAAUGUUGUGCCAAACGAGUGGUAAUGUCUCUGGUUGAUUCUACAGCCAGUUCCUCGCCAUAUAUUUCUCAAUCUUCAGCAACUCUGGCUAAUCCAUGGUGGACGGGUCAGGUGGGGUUAGCAGGGGUAGACCCUGCAACCAAUUCACCUUCUUUGAACAAAAGAAGCCACACAGAGCUUUCAAUCAACGAAAGCAACAACAACAACAACAAUAGAGACGAAGAUGAUGAAGACAGAGACAACUGUGAUGAACCAAAAGAAGGUGCAGUUGAAGUUGGAAACAGAAGACCAAGAGGGAGACCCCCAGGUUCCAAAAACAAGCCAAAACCACCAAUCUUUGUAACAAGGGAUAGUCCAAACUCUCUUAGAAGCCAUGUUAUGGAGGUAGCUGGUGGUGCUGAUGUAGCUGAAAGUGUUGCUCAGUUUGCAAGGAGGCGUCAACGUGGUGUUUGUGUUCUCAGUGGAAGUGGCUCUGUUGCAAACGUUACUCUUAGACAACCUGCAGCACCUGGUGCUGUUGUUGCACUUCAUGGAAGGUUUGAGAUUUUGUCCUUAACUGGGGCAUUCUUACCAGGACCUGCCCCUCCUGGUGCCACAGGUCUCACAGUGUACCUUGCUGGAGGACAGGGUCAAGUUGUUGGAGGAAGUGUUGUUGGGUCUUUAGUUGCUGCAGGACCUGUUAUGGUUAUUGCUGCAACUUUUGCUAAUGCUACUUAUGAAAGAUUGCCCCUUGAGGAUGAUGAUGAGGGUGGUGGUGGUGGUGGUAGCAGUGCCGUGCAAGGUGGUGGAGCUUUGGGAGGUUCUCCGCCACCGGGAAUUGGAAGUAGUGGUGGUCAAUUGCAAGCUACUCUUCAAGAUCCAUCAUCUUUGCCUUUGUAUAAUCUUCCACCAAAUCUUCUUCCCAAUGGAGGGCAUGAAGCUUUUGCUUGGGGUCAUGGACGGCCACCUUAUUGA